GCUUCUUUGAACCCUUUCAUGGCGAGAUAACAACUUGUCGUCUUCCUUUUGUCACAGCCAAAAAAAAAAAAGUAAAAUGGUACUAAAGUUGCUACUUGUUAUAUUUUUAGUUCCCCUACUUGUAGACUCUUUAGAACCAGCUUUUAAUGACGACGUUUUGGGAUUGAUUGUCUUCAAAGCUGGCCUUAUAGACUCAGAAGCAAAGCUCACAUCUUGGAACGAAGACGACGACUCUCCUUGCAACUGGGUUGGCAUAAUAUGCGAUCCUCGGAGCAAUAGGGUCACUGAACUUGUCCUUGACAACUUUUCUCUUUCCGGCCAUAUUGGCCGAAGCCUUGUCCGGUUACAGUUCCUUCGAAUACUAUCACUGUCCAAGAACAACUUCACUGGAACUAUUAAUCCCAUCCUCGCCCAAAUUGGGACUUUGCGGGUUGUUGAUUUGAGUGAAAAUAAUCUAUCUGGGCCGAUUCCUGAUGAGCUUUUCCGACAAUGUGGGUCGUUACGGGCAAUUUCAGUUGCCAAGAACAACCUCACUGGUCUAAUUCCAGAUUCCUUGAGCUCAUGCUCAACACUUGAGCGUGUCAACUUUUCUUCGAAUCAUCUUUCAGGUACUCUGCCCUCUGGGAUAUGGUCUUUGAGCGCUUUGCGAUCACUUGACUUGUCAGAUAAUUUGUUGAAGGGUGAGAUUCCACGAGGAAUUGAAAUUCUGUAUGAUUUAAGAGCAAUUAAUUUCCGGAAGAACAGGUUCGUCGGACAGCUGCCUGAGGACAUUGGAGGUUGUUUGCUAUUGAGAAAACUAGAUUUUAGUGAGAAUUUUCUUUCCGGGGUCCUUCCAAUGUCAAUGCAGAAGCUUAGUUUGUGUACUUAUAUCAGUUUAAGAAGAAAUUCAUUCACAGGUGAAUUUCCAGAUUGGAUGGGAGACAUGAGAAGCAUUGAACUUUUAGAUCUUUCGGCAAAUAAUUUUUCUGGUCAAAUUCCCAACUCAUUAGGAGACCUUCAAUUCUUGAAGGAAUUAAAUUUGUCAACAAACCGGUUCCUGGGAAGCUUGCCAGAGUCGUUGACAAAUUGCCUUAAUCUUUUGGCUGUAGAUGUUAGCCGGAAUUUGCUGACUGGUAAUCUUCCUGCCUGGACUUUUCAGUUGGGGCUGAAGAGUGUUUAUCUUUCAGGGAACAGAUUUAAUGGAAGCAUUGAAUACACUCUUCUGAAAUCAAUGGCAGCCUCUCUACAAAGCCUUCAGGUCAUGGAUAUAUCUUCUAAUGCAUUAUCUGGUGGUGUUCCCUUUGCAAUUGGGAAUUUCACUGGCUUGCAGGUCUUGAAUUUAUCCAGGAAUUCUCUGAGUGGUUCUAUUCCACUAAGUGUUGGUGAACUAAAAGCUACACAAGUCCUUGAUUUGAGCCAUAAUCGGCUAAAUGGAAGCAUUCCCUCUGAUAUUGGAGGAGCGGUUUCCUUGCAGGAGCUAAGGCUGGAGAGGAACAGCCUGACCGGAGAGAUUCCAUCUGAUAUUGAACAUUGCUCCUCUCUAACCUCUCUGGACCUGUCUCAGAACAACCUUACUGGUCCCAUCCCUGCAGCAAUUGCAAACCUAACCAACCUCCAGAUUGUGGACUUGUCUUUCAACCACCUCUCUGGAAGCUUGCCCAAGGAGCUGACAAAUCUUUCCCACCUUUUAAGCUUUAAUAUCUCCAACAACCACGUCCAAGGUGAACUUCCAGUUGGUGGCUUUUUCAACACGAUCCCUCCCUCAUCUGUUGCAGGAAAUCCAUCCCUAUGUGGAUCUGUUCUCAAUCAGUCCUGCCCUGCUGUCCAUCCGAAGCCCAUUGUCCUUAACCCAAAUUCUUCAUCUGACUCCAAUCGUGGAACAUUUGCUCCAAAUCUCCGUCACCAGAAAAUUAUACUCAGUAUUUCUGCUCUCAUUGCCAUUGGGGCAGCUGUUUUCAUUGCCCUUGGUGUAGUAACCAUCACUAUCCUCAAUCUGCAUGUCCGCUCUUCUAUGUCACGCUCUGCUGCUGCCCUCACAUUAUCAGUUGAGGAUGAUUUCAGCCAUUCCCACACUAGUGAAACAAACUAUGGCAAGCUUGUCAUGUUCUCUAGUGAUGCUGGCUUUGCUACUGGUGCUCAAGCACUACUCAACAAGGAUUGUGAACUUGGGCGUGGUGGCUUUGGAGCAGUUUACCAAACUGUUCUUCGAGAUGGGCGUCCUGUUGCCAUCAAAAAGCUAAACGCUUCAAGCUUGAUCAAAUCCCAAGAAGAUUUCGAGAGGGAAGUUAAAAAACUUGGAAAGAUCAGGCAUCAUAAUCUGGCGGCACUUGAAGGGUAUUACUGGACUCCAUCCUUGCAGCUCCUCAUUAAUGAAUAUGUUUGCAGUGGGAGUUUGUAUAAAUAUCUCCACGAGGGACAGUCCGAAAACUGCCUCUCUUGGAUACAAAGAUUCAACAUAAUUCUUGGUAUAGCAAAAGGUUUGGCUCAUUUGCACAAACUGAAUGUAAUUCACUACAAUAUGAAGUCAACUAAUGUGUUGAUAGACAAUUCUGGUGAGGCCAAGGUAGGAGACUUUGGCCUGGCGAGGCUACUGCCUAUGUUAGACCGUUACAUCUUAAGCAGCAAGAUUCAGAGUGCCCUUGGCUACAUGGCUCCUGAAUUUGCAUGUCAAACGGUGAAGAUAACCGAGAAAUGUGAUGUAUAUGGAUUUGGAGUCUUGACUCUUGAGGUGGUAACAGGGAAGCGACCUGUGGAAUACAUGGAGGAUGAUGUGGUGGUGCUGUGUGACAUGGUGAGACGAGCAUUGGAGGACAGCAGGGUGGAGGAAUGCAUUGACAGGAAGCUCCAGGGUAAUUUUCCGGUAGAAGAGGCCAUUCCAGUAGUAAAGCUUGGUUUGAUAUGUGCAUCUCAAGUGCCAUCAAACCGGCCAGACAUGGAAGAGGUGAUCAGAAUUCUAGAGCUGAUUCAAAGUCCUUCGGAAGGCCAAGAGGAGUUGGAAUGAAUUUGACUACGAGAGAUUGGAGAAAGCAAUACAGAAUGGGUUUUCCGGCGAAGAGGAAUCUGGUUGGUUUGUUCAAAUAGAAAAAAGAAAAUAUAUAUCUGAAAGUUUUCUUUCUUUUCAACCUUUUGUUUGUUGUUGCUCUAUAUUUCUGUUAUAUCAUUUUUCUUUUUCAAAUGUGUAUUAGAGUAAGAUUACUAGAUUCCUUUUCACCGGGUCCAAACUAUGCUGCCAUUCGACUGUUCUGAAGUUUAUACAAGAAGCUGGUCCAACACUUUUGGCAUCUAAAACAUAACGUGCAUUGCAGCUAGUUACUAGUACAACAUGUACUGUCCUCUUGUAAAGUUGGAAGUGUGAUUAACACGCUGUUUGACCAGAGGCUUCCGUUUCAUUACUUGUUGCUUGA